AUGCUCGCUGUCGCUUCUCUCGCCGCUCUAGUCGUCUCCGUCCAGCAGGUCGCUGCACACGGCGGUGUCCUCUACUACUCAAACGGAGGCAACUGGUACAAGGGCUUCACACCCUACAACACCCCAGUCGGCCAAGUUACGAUCCAGCGCCCGUGGAACGCCUACGAUCCGAUCUUAGACGCCACUGCCCCCACUGUGUCGUGCAAUGACGACGGUAGUUCCCUUCCCGCUGGGCAGCAGCUUACCGCGACUGUCGCCGCUGGUUCUAGCAUUACGGCAUACUGGAACGACCCCUGGCCCCAUCCUACUGGCCCCAUGCUUACCUACCUGGCCCAAUGCCCUGGAUCGACGUGCACGGGCGUCAAUUCCAACACCUUGAGAUGGUUUAAAAUCGAUGAAGCUGGCCUCCUCUCCGGCACCGUCGCCACAGGCUUGUGGGCCUCCGGAAAGAUGGUCGCUGAUAACAACACCUGGACGUCGACCAUCCCAGCCUCUGUUCCCAACGGCCAGUACCUGAUCCGCUUCGAGACGAUCGCCCUCCAUUCCAUGCCUGCUCAACUCUACCCCGAAUGCGCCCAGAUCGAGAUUGUCGGUGGAGGAUCAAGAGCGCCGACCGCCGCUGAGCUCGUCACCUUCCCCGGAGGGUACCGCAACACCGACCCAGGCUUGGUUGUCGACCUCUACGGCCAGGCUGCUCAAACCCAAACCACCUACAUCAUUCCUGGACCCCCUCUCUACGGCUCUGGUGGCUCUGGUGGCUCGAACCCUGUACCAACCACUGCUGCUCCCGGUACCACCGCUGUUCCCACCACUGCAGCUCCCCCACCAGCUCCCCCACCAGCGCCCACCGCCCCAGCUGGCACCGUCGCCCAAUAUGGGCAGUGUGGCGGGCAGACCUACUCUGGUCCCACUGGCUGCGUCGCGCCGUACACAUGCACAGUUCUCAACCCAUACUACUCUCAGUGCCUCUAG